CCAUCUCAAAGCUCUUUACUCAGUCAGAAUAGCCGAAUCGAAACGAACGAAUCGCAUUUAAUAUCACUGAAAAUUUACGGUCUCGACAUUUGUAUAUAGAAAUAGUAAAUUGUGUACGAAUCGUCGCGUGUUUGUAUAUAAACUGUGUAUACAAUAUUUGUGUAUACAACUCGCGUAUCAAAUGUUUGUAAUAUAAAGACGCCAGGCACUAAGUCAUUGAGAAUUUAAAUUGUUUGGACAAGGAUUUAGUUUAAACCUAUGAAGUAAAUGUUUACCCAUUGAAAUCCAAACGAUAUGAUGAAGGAACAACAGUUGCCGGAGGUUAGCUGCUCUGAGCAGCUGCAACAAUCCGUCGUCCACCAGAGCAUCAACAUCCACCAGCAGCUCCAUCACCUCCACGUUCAUCAGCACCAACAUAGCGUCAUCCUUUCAACCGACCAACACCUCUUGGAAAACCAACAUGUUACCCCCGAAAGCACAGCACCAACAUCGGAACCGAAACCGGCAACCACCACCGAGAAGAAAUCGGGCAUCCGUCGUCCAGAAAAACCCCCGUUCUCCUACAUCGCCCUUAUAGUGAUGGCAAUUCAGCAUUCACCGCUGAAACGAUUGACACUCAGUGAAAUCUACACGUUCCUCCAGCAGCGUUUUCCGUUUUUUCGCGGCGCGUACCAGGGGUGGAAAAACUCAGUGCGUCACAAUUUAUCGCUCAACGAAUGCUUCAUAAAGCUACCCAAAGGACUGGGACGCGCGGGAAAAGGACAUUAUUGGACCCUCGACAAAUCAAGUGAGUUUAUGUUCGAGGAGGGCUCGUUUCGAAGACGGCCGCGCGGUUUCCGUCGAAAGUGUCAGGCGAUGAAACCCCAAUUUCAUACUCCGUCGUUUUUCGCGAACAAUAUGGGCGCCGUAAUGAACCAGCCCACUGGUUACGAUCACCAAGGUUUGAUGACGACCCAGGACUUUUCUUGUCCCUCGUUUAACGCACCCCCAGCGCAAGUACCCUCAGUAUCCGGUUCGCAUUUUAGCGGUUACGAUUAUUCAGUGUACCAACAGCAGGGUGAUCGAGAUUGGAACGCACCCUCGACUUUACCCCAUUACGGUGAACCAUCCCUCUCGUCCCCCUACAUAAAGUUAAGCCCAGUGCAAGAGCAACACGAAGGUCUCACACCACCUCCUCAAGACAUCCUUUACAAUUAUCAGUACGGAUUACCGCCAUCAAACAAUGUGAUGCGUACAUCAGGUGGAACGAUGCAACCCAUACCAUGUAAUCGAAAGUCAUACCUGAAUUCACCGCCUCCAUCAAUCCAGACAUCGCUACCAUCACCGCCUGUAGGUAACACUCCCUACGCAUAUUACGAUGAACAUAUCAAAUCCUACGUGUAACUCUCAAAACGCACCUUUUGUUGCUCAAUGAGGCAUUUUCGAUUACCAUGGCAGCUUUCACCAAAAAAACCAAUGUUACCAAAUUAACCGAAACGAAUUGUGACGUGUAGAUUUAAGUGUAAAUUAUUAAGAUUGUAAUAAAUAAUGUAGAUAAGUA